ACCAGUCAAAAUAUUAGGUGCUUUAACGUAACAUUAAAAAGAAAUAAAGAAAUAAACAUUAUUAUUGAUAUAUAUAUAUAUAUAUAUAUAUAUAUAUAUAUAUAUAUAUAUAUAUUAGUAUACUAAACAUGCUAUUAACAUUUCUAACCUACAUGCUCUUGAUAGCAAUGUUUCAAACAGCACCAAUUGUUUAUCAACCAUGUCCCAUCAGCAAACAUGAAGAUCCUAUGCUUGAAUUAAAAAUAUUGCUUGAAAACUACAUUGUUAUUAAACCAUCUAUAGAAAAAGUUCUCACUACUAGCUCAAACAAUGAGUAUAAUAAAAAAAACUUAUUUCAUUUUCAUACAUUUUCAAAUAAAAAACCGGUCUGUGAAAUAAAAUCAAUAAAAAUUCCUGAUUUGCUCGGUAAAGUUACUAUUCCAGAAAAUAUUAUGGAAGUAAUACUCGUAAACUCUUUGAACGCAAAUAAAUGUAAAAAAGUAAAAAAAGAAAUCUUAUAUUUAGAGGAGGUAAAAGAUUGCAACAAGCAUAUAAAUGCACGCAUGUACGUUUUAAAGACCAGAGAAAUAGUAGUAGCUUACGAACAUAUGAUUUAAAUAAAUUUCAACUUAUACUAACUAAAAGCAUUCUUGUAGACCAAGGAGAUGUUUAUUUAAUGCUAAUAUAAUUUAAAAACAUUUAUACAGUUAAAACAAUACAUUUUUUAUUUAUUAAU